GAAUGCCGCUGCUCAAUUCCGUUAUUACUUCAUUUCCACACUGAACAAGACACACAAAUGUCAGAUUUGUUACGUUUGUAGCAGAGAGACCCGACCAGGUUCAGUUUGUAGGACAUGCUAAUCUUUCAUUGUGUCACAAAAGCUUAUUUGUAUCAAGGCUCUUCAAAUCGGCGGAGAAUAACGUAAAAUGUAUUUUGUCAGGGAAGUGGAGCAGCCUUGCUAAUUAAAAAGUAGCUAACGUUUGUAAGUUAGCCUACAGAAGAUGGAAGCUAGUUCACCAGCCUGUUUUCAUACAUGGGAAUCCCAUACGGUUACUAGCUAACUUAAUGUUAAUAAAUAACCCGGCUAGCAUCACAUGCUCUGCUAUAGUCCUGUCUGUUAGCUAGCUAACGUUACAGAAAAAACUUCAGCGAUGGAAGAAGUUGACAACAUUUUGAUUCACGCCCUCAAACAAGUCGGCACAGAGGUGAGUGAGGAGACUGGCAGCAUCAAACAGUUCACCAGUGAGCUCAUAGUGGAGGCGGUGGUCCGAUGUAUCCGGGUGAUCGAUCCAGGCCUGGGCAGCGCGCUGCCCACCUUCCUCCCUCCUGGCAUGUCCGCCCGCUUCAGAGUGGGCAUGAGCCUGGCACAGGCCUGUCAGGACAUCGGUUAUAAAGGAGAGAUAGGCUACCAGACCUUCCUGUACAGCAAUGAGCCCGAGAUCCGCUCCCUGCUCAUGUUCCUGGUGGAGAAGUUGCCCAGAGAAAGCGCCGAGGCCUCAGACCAGCCGACAGGUAAAUCGGUGGUGCUCCAGAAAGCCAUCGCUGCUGCGAUCAGAGCCCAGCUGGCUGUGCCCUGGCUGCCUCCAAACUGCAGACUGCCACUGCACGGUGAAACACAAAGUCCAGGAGCACAGCACAACUUCCACGUCCAGCCUCUCAGUUUACCACACUGCACUAAAGGUCCAGGAAAGAAGCAGCUGAAAGGUGGGCAAGAGCUGGAGGACUACCAGCGAGACGUUCUUCCUCCUGUGACCGCCCAGCCUUCCCAUCAGGCCUCUGUGGUGGCGUCCAUCCUGGAGCAGCACACGGCUGAGCUGAGCGCUGCUCAGGAGUGGGACAACGAGUGGAACACGCAGGGACUUCUGUCUCGCCUCACACCACAGGAGUAUCGCUCCAGGAAACUGGCCCGGCUGCGUAAACGCAUCGAGGAGCAGCUGCGUUCGGCGGCCCUGCCCUGUCCUGAAAGUGCCUUUGGCGGCCCUCGCUCCGCCUCCGACCUAUCGGAGCUGCUGCAGGCCUUCAGAGGCUCCGCCCCCUCCGACCACAUCCUGACCAAGGGCACCCACUUCACCCACACACAGAAGUUCACCUUCACACAGCAGGCGACAGCAGUAAGCAGCCCCCCCAUCCUCUCCGGCCAUCAGUCGGAGAGUGACAUGCAGCUCCGGCAGCAGGAGGAGCAGGCUUCCCUCCAGCAGCAGUUCCAGCAGCUCUGCAGUGACGUCGACCAGCUAGCAGCAGACAUGAAGCACAUGAGCGUCACUAACGCACAGGUGUUGGAUGAGUUGAAGCAGAGAGAGCUGGGCAACUCUGAGAAAGAGGAGAAGAUGCAGGUGAAGAAGAAAACAAUCGACCUGUUGCCAGAUGCAGACGACAACCUGCCGAAGCUUCAGGCUGUGGUGGAGGCCAGUGCCAAGCGGGUGGUGCACCUGGCCUCUCAGUGGGAGAAACACCGCGCUCCGCUUAUCGACGAGCACCGCAGACUCAAAGAAAUCUGCAGCAACCAAGAUCUGGAGUCGUCCAGAAAGCUGUCCGAAAUCAAGUCUCUGCAUGACAAAAUCCGUGUGUCUACGGAGGAGGCCAAGAAGAAGGAAGAAAUCUACAAACAACUGGUAACGGAGUUAGAAAAUCUUCCUCAGGACGUGUCUCGGUCAGCGUACACUCAGAGGAUUCUAGAGAUCGUCAGCAACAUCAAGAAACAGAAGGAGGAAAUUACAAAGAUUCUGUCCGACACCAAGGAGCUCCAGAAAGAGAUCAACAGUCUGACAGGAAAACUGGACCGGACCUUCGCUGUGACUGAUGAGCUGGUCUUCAAGGACGCCAAAAAAGACGAAUCCGUCCGCAAAUCCUACAAGUACCUGGCUGCCCUGCAUGAAAACUGUAAUCAGUUGAUCCAAACCAUCGAAGACACCGGAACAAUCCUGAGAGAGAUUCGAGAUCUAGAGGAGCAGAUCGAGACAGAGAACAGUAGUAAGACUGUGGCGAACCUUGAGAGGAUUCUGGAUGACUACAAGGCUAUCCGACAGGAGAACUCGGCACUCGCUGCCAAAGUCCGAGAAGGCUGAAGGAAGCCCCGUUCCGCUCCGCUCUGCUUGCCGAGGCAAAGGUUGUGGUAAAAAAAAAAAAAAAAAAACCUGGAGCCAUACAAACCUGAACGGGACUAAAACAGCACUCCAGUUUUCACGCUGAAGAGACUUUAGAAAGGGCGAGCUGAUUUUUUUUUUUUGAACCCAGAACUAACCUGGCAUUUUAAUGCACAAUUUGUACGGAUGGACGAAGAUGACAAUUAGUGUUUAAUUUUCAAACUGAUUUCUGUGGCUAGACGUGCUCUCUGAGGGUCCAUGCACUGGUUAGAAAUCUCUGUCUCCGAAUGAAACACAACAGUGGACAGCCGAGUGUGCUGUCAGACCUGUUACGGUUGGAAAUGUAAAGUCAUUCAUGGUGAUGUACAAAAAAAAAAUGUUUUCAUAAGGUAUCUUGGAUAACAUCAAAUCUUUGACUGGGAAUUUUUAAUACAGGAGUUGUUCCACCAUUUUCAGACGUUAGCAGUUCUUCGUUCUUAUAUUCAAACUGAAUAUGUUGAGUGAAUGGCAUUUGAAUGUAGUCCCAUUAAUAAUGCUGUUCAGCCCAAUCAGCAGAGUAUUGUUGUACAUACAGUAUGGUACCACCUUGAAUAAAGAUGCCUUACAAACU